AUGAAAUCCAUAGAAUUGGAGAAGAUGAGCAUGGAUAACAAAACUCCAUCUGUCAGCAAAAAGAAUGAAAAUGAGAAGCAGCCAUCACCGCGUUCUUCUGCGGUGAAUGAAAAAGAGGAUCAGCUACCGAGUUCUUCUGUGGUGAAUGAAAAGGAGGAGAAUCCGCAACCAUGUUCUAAGAAGAAGAAAAACAAGAAUGUGGAAUUACCGCAUUCAAACGCAUCUCCGCGAUCUUCUUCAUCUUGUGUAAGACAUCCAAUUCAGUUAGGCCAACUUCAAUGGAAGGGUUUGCCAAACACAUACACUGGUCUUCAUCACAGUCCUUUUCUCGUGAUUCGUCCAGUUGGAUUAGGGAAUUUAAAUCACAGAAGUGGUGGCAUAUACAUCCCUCCUUCUUCUCUCAAAAACAUAGCUUCUUCACUUAAUCAGAGUUUGAAUCUUCAUUACCAGAUUGAUAUUGACAAAAUCGUCUGUGGUGAAGAUACAAGAACUACUCUAAUGAUUCUAAACAUUCCUUACAAUUAUACUUCAGAGAUGCUGCUGUUGGAAAUUAAGGAGAAUCACCAUAAAAUUUAUGGAACUUAUGACUUCAUCUUCUUUCCAAAGGACUCAAAAAAUAACUGUAAUUUGGGUUAUGCUUUCAUCAAUAUGCUCUCUCAUUUACACGUCGUCCCGUUUUAUAAGGCUUUUCAUGAGAAGAAAUGGGACAAGUUUACUAGUGACAAAGUUGCUACAUUGGCUUAUGCACAGAUUCAAGGAAAGGCUGAAGAACUUGCUAAGCAUUUUGAUAAAAGGACGAACAAGCCUAAGAAAAUAAUGAUCAGGAUCGAUCAGCCACAUGAUGAAAGCCAAUUUGGUUCAUAA